GAUGUUUCCAAAACCAGCAAGAUGUGUAAAACGACACGGUUCAAUAUUAUUCACCGUUGAAACAUAGUCUGUCGCAACUUUGAUAAUCAGACAAUACAGAUACAAUCUCGUUUAUGUCCACCUUCUUUCUUCGUGGAGGAGGCCCGUGAUCUCGGGCUGACAUCUUUACACAGUUGGAUAACAGAGGAAGCUAGCUAGCUCUCAGCGGCUUCGGGGGGUAAACACUGACAGCUAUGGCAUUGCAGAGGUCCAGGUAAUAUAACGCCACAGCUUUUUGCAAAAACAGACGCCAUGUCGGCGUUGUUGCUGCAGCAUCGUACUGGACUGUGUAGAAAAUACAGUGCGGGUUUAUUGUGGACUCUGUCGAGACAAAACUCUCGCGUAUCAACAAAACACGCGCUGUUCAGAGGUGAUCAUGUAAGAAAGAUGCUCUGCUCCAAACCAGAGCGGCCACUCACAGGUCCACCACAGGGACUCAUGGAGAGUCUCCUCCACAGACCCUUGGGUCCUGGCAUGGUGGGAAUGAGCAAAGAGUUAAUCAGAAACAACCUGCUGAGGAACCCUGUUGGUUUGGUGAAUCUAUUAGGAUCAAUAAACUUCUUCAGUACAUCUCAAUCCAAACAAGAGAAAGAUAAAAGUAGUGGACCAAAGGGGAAAAUUCCAGAGGAAAAUGAAGAGGAGAAGAAACGUCGAGAGCAGGAUGACCAGAUGUACCGGGAGCGCCUGCGGACCCUCUUCAUCAUCGCGCUCGUCAUGAGCGUGCUGAACUCCAUCAAUACCAGCGGCGGCAACAUCUCCUGGAACGACUUUUUCAACGAGAUGCUGGCCAAGGGAGAGGUGUCCCGCAUACAGGUCGUUCCUGAGAGUGACAUUGUCGAAAUCUACCUUCAUCCUGGAGCGGUCAUCUUCGGAAGGCCUAGGCUGGCGCUCAUGUACAGAAUGCAGGUUGCCAACAUUGACAAAUUCGAAGAGAAGCUGAGAGCUGCUGAAGAAGAGCUGCUUAUCAACGCUAAGGACCGGAUCCAGGUGUCCUACAAACGCACAGGAUUUUUUGGGAAUGCGGUCUAUGCUCUGGGGAUGGCUGCUAUUGGCGUGGCUAUUCUCUGGUACAUCUUCCGACUAGCAGGCCUGGGUGGCAAAGAUGGCGGCUUCAGUGCUUUUAACCAGCUGAAGAUGGCCAAGUUCACCAUUGUGGACAGUAAGUCCGGUAAAGGUGUACGUUUCAAAGAUGUGGCGGGCCUACACGAGGCGAAGAUAGAAAUAAAGGAAUUCGUGGACUACCUCAAGAAUCCAGAACGGUACCUGAAGCUGGGAGCCAAGGUCCCCAAGGGUUCAUUGCUGCUUGGGCCUCCAGGCUGUGGGAAGACGCUGCUGGCUAAGGCUGUGGCCACUGAGGCCCAAGUGCCCUUUCUGGCAAUGGCCGGCUCCGAAUUUGUGGAGAUCAUUGGCGGCCUGGGUGCUGCUCGGGUAAGGAGUCUGUUCAAGGAGGCUCGCAGCAGAGCACCCUGCAUUGUCUACAUCGAUGAGAUCGACGCUGUGGGGAAGAAGCGCUCCACCAACAUGUCGGGGUUCUCCAACACUGAAGAGGAGCAGACCCUCAACCAGCUGCUGGUGGAGAUGGAUGGAAUGGGAACGACGGACCACGUCAUCGUCCUCGCUUCCACUAACCGAGCAGAUGUCCUGGACAAUGCUCUCACGAGACCAGGCAGACUGGACCGGCACAUCUUCAUAGACUUCCCCACUCUGCUGGAGAGGAAGGAGAUCUUUGAGCAACAUCUGAAGAUCUUGAAGCUGACCCAACCAGCUAAUUUCUACUCUCAGCGUCUGGCUGAGCUCUCUCCGGGCUUCAGUGGUGCAGAUAUAGCAAACAUUUGUAACGAAGCCGCCCUGCACGCUGCCAGGGAAGGGCACAAGUCCAUCGACACCUGUAACUUUGAGUAUGCAGUCGAGCGACUAUUAGCAGGGAGUGUGAAGAAGAGUAAUAUCCUGUCCAAAGAGGAGCAGAGGGUGGUCGCCUUCCAUGAGUCCGGACAUGUCUUAGUGGGAUGGCUUCUGGAGCACACAGAGGCCGUCUUGAAGGUGUCCAUUGCCCCGCGCACCAAUGCCUCUCUGGGAUUCACCCAGAUCUUACCUCGUAACCAGUUUCUGUUCACCAAGGAGCAGCUGUUUGAGCGGAUGUGCAUGGCCCUGGGAGGAAGAGCUGCGGAGGCCAUCACCUUUAACACGGUUACAACAGGAGCUCAGGAUGACUUGCGUAAGGUGACGCGAGUGGCCUACUCCAUGGUGAAGCAGUACGGCAUGUGUGACAGCAUCGGCCAAGUCUCAUUCCCAGACACGGAGACAAUGGGUGGCGUCGGACGCCGUCCCUUCAGCCAGGGCCUGCAGCAGCAGAUGGACCACGAGGCCAAGUUGUUGAUAGCGCGUGCUUACAGGCACACAGAGAAGCUGCUGCUGGACAACCGAGACAAGCUGAUACAGAUGGCCAACGCGCUGUUGGAACGAGAGGUGGUGAACUACGAUGACAUCGAAGCCUUGCUGGGCCCCCCCCCCUACGGGCCCAAGAAGUUGAUCCUCCCACAGAGCUGGUUGGAGGCCGAGAGGGACAAGCAUGACACGGGAGAAGACAAGCCUCAACCGCCUCCCCGUAAACACGGAGAAGAGGACGGGGAUCCACAGCUGGUGUGAUCUUAAAAUGAACGUCUCAAGAUCGUUCUCUGACUGCUGGAUCUUGUGGAGGUCAUCUGGGGCUUGGUGCAUUUAAUACAACCGUGCUUUGAUUCUUCGCUUUGAAGCUUUAUAGGCCUGAAAGUGAAAUCGGCAACGUUUCAAUGGAGAUGUUGUGUGCAAAUGCACAGUUGGAUGACUCGUUUAGAUAACCUGAAACGGGCCUAAAUAACCCAGUGCAACUUUGAAAAUGACUCUCUGAGAGAAAUCCCAUCAUUCGUGUGUUUGCUGCACCACCAUGUUAUUGUGCCACGGACACAUUAGAAACAGCUCUGUUCAAAAGGAAUCUACUUACUGUAUGUGCAACCAACAUGUCCAUGCUCUGUGCACUAAUACCUGAAAAUGACGUGCGAUCAUUUUUAUGCAAACCUCACUGCAGUGCAUACAGGUUUGGAUUGGAGUAAUACUUUUUUCAAAUUUCGUUGUAUUUGUCAAUGACAUAGCAGAGCAACUGCUAGCCACUUAUAAGUCACGUCAUUCUAUACUGAAAAGUUGCACCAAAUAUAUGAGCAUCCAUUGAGGGUACAUGAACACGUGCAGGUCUGCAUUAUCGUCAUGUUGAUUUUUAGGCUACAGAUAUUACUCCACACGCCGUGGUCAUCCUCUGACUCCGGGACAUACAGAUUGAGUUGAUAGAUUGAAGUACCGGUACUGUUUUCUUUAAGUCUUUUGGACUGUGUAUUUGUUGUGUUGCCACAAGUGACUAUCACGUCUCAAUGGAUGGUGUUGCUAAAUAUUUAAGUUUAAAUAAAGUUUUUAAAUAUG